AUGGAUGAUAACAACUUAUCAGAUAUCUUCCAAGACAAAGACUUUGGUGGAGACGAUCUCUUCGCCAUCUUGGAAAGCCUCGAUGACUUCCCUCCCACCAACACCGGACAAUUUCCCACCCUACUUGAAUCAUCAUCACUGCCCUCGCCUCCAACUAAACGACGGAAACUACUUGUUCCGCCACCACCGCCUUCUCCCAAUGCCGCCGAGGAUGGACAACAAAGGAUGUCUCAUAUCACGGUCGAGCGCAACCGUAGAAAGCAGAUGAACGAGCAUUUGUCCGUCCUCAGAUCCCUCAUGCCUUGCUUUUACGUCAAACGAGGUGAUCAAGCAUCCAUAAUUGGAGGGGUGGUUGAUUACAUCAACGAGUUGCAACAAGUUCUUCAAGCACUUGAAGCAAAGAAACAAAGAAAAGUUUACACUGAUCAUGUUCUAAGCCCUAGGCUCGUCUCAAGCCCAAGGACUUCACUAUCACUACCACUCAGCCCACGGAAACCACCCUUGAGCCCUAGGCUAAGCCUGCCCAUAAGCCCAAGGACUCCUCAACCAGGUAGCCCAUACAGGCCGCCGGCGCCCUGCAGGCUGUUGCAGCCCGCCGCCACCGCGGCCGCAGCAGCAAGCAGUUACAUUUCACCGGCGGCGUCGAUAUCGAACUCUCUUGAGCCAUCUCCAACCACGUCUUCCGCCUCCUCCAUCAAUGAUGACAUCAACGAGCUCGUUGCGAAUUCAAAAUCUGCCAUGGCUGAGGUUGAGGUCAAGUUCUCGGGUCCUCACCUUCUUCUGAAAACGGUGUCGCAGCGAAUUCCCGGGCAAGCAUUGAAGAUCAUUUCAGCGCUUGAAGAUCUUGCGCUUGAAAUUCUUCAAGUUAAUAUCAGCACUGCUGAUGAAACCAUGCUUAACUCAUUCACUAUCAAGAUUGGAAUUGAAUGCCAACUCAGUGCGGACGAACUAGCCCAACAAAUCCAGCAAACAUUCUGCUAG